AUGAUCGUGCAGAUUUCCCCGGAGAGUUCGUGGAGCCAGGGCACGGCGCGCGAGGCUGUCCGCGCGCGCGCGCCCACACCGCCGCCGCGUGCCGCGCCGCCAGGUCAGAGCGCGCCGUGCACGCACACGCGCACACACACGCUCACACACACGAACACGCACACGCACACUGCCACGCGGCCUGCCGCCGCCUCGCCGGGCCCUAGCCGCGACCGCGCCGACUACGAGCUGUCCCAGUGCAACAUUUACUCGGCGGGGCCGUCGCCGCGUUCCAGCCGCUCGGGCUCCCUGCUGCUGGCCGACGCGGAGCCCAGCUUCACGCGGCGGCUGGGUCGCAGCGCCAGCUGCCGCAACCUGCGCGACUUCAGCUUCGACGAGGCGGGGCGUGCCAAGCGGCGCGCAGAUACGCGCAGUGUGCUCGCCGACCUGCACGCGUACGUGGACUCGCCCGUCACCCGCUACGACGACGCGCGCACGCUCGCCUUCGUGCUCGCCGAGCGCGGCUCCAUCGACUCGCAGCGGCGGCUGCUCGGCCGCACGUACUCCUCCAGUUUCCCCGGCGCCGGUGGCGAGGCGCGCCUCGACGUGACCGCGUGCGUGCGCAGCGGCUCGCAGGACGACCUGUCGCACGACAGCUACGAGCUCAUCGAGCGCUCCGACGACGAGUACUCGCACAUGAAGUACGCCCGCGUGCGCUCCUCCGCGGUGCACACCCGCUCGUGCUCGCUGGACUCCGGCAACGACUUGCCGUCCGACGACGACCGGUCGCUGUCACAUCUGUCGGAGUGCGACGCUCACGAACCGAUCAAUAUGGUCGGCGUAAAGUAUAAAAGUGACAACGAUAUACCCCUUGAUCCGUUUCUUAUCGACGAUCCGCGUAUACUUCCACGCGAAAAACUGUCCGUCAGGUCCGAUGGCAGCUUCUAUAAAGAGAUAAAACGCGCACUUGGCUCACGAGCUUCGAGUCAGGAAUCCAAAAGUGAUAUAUAUGAAAAAAUAUCUAAAAGUAGCGCUGAAUCUAGUAAGAAAUCGCGAGAUAGCGUUUACCAUACUGACAGUAAAAAGUCACGUGAAACGUUGAAAAGCAAAAGCUCCGAUAGAUCUGGUUCUAGAACGUCGAGUCAGGAUUCUAAAUCUGAUUAUUAUGAUUGUAAAAAAAAUAUUUACGAUUCUGAAGAUUUGAACCUGAGACGCCGAAGUGUAACGAGUGUACAAAAUACUUAUAUUGAUCCAUUCGAACCGAUAUCUCCUUCCUCAAGUCCGGAUUCAGGUAAGGAGUUCUUUGAUACGCAGGCUACUUUUAUUGGAAUGGAAAAACCAGAAUAUAGUGAAAAAAGUUUAUUCGAUAAAUCUCAUGAAGACUUAAUAGCCAACCUUUCAAAUUCACCGAACUAUUACCAUAUACCAACCCCUUAUUCUACAUUCCCUAGUAAUAAUAGACACAAAGAUACGAGUCCAAUGCAUGCUGCUAGCUUACAAAAUGUUGAAUUAGACCAAUACGCACAAUAUUCGGACGUUAGUCCACCUAAGAAAUCUGACGAGUUAUCGACCGAAGAAGAAGACGUGCAUCCUCAUGUAACGCAUAUUUGGCCUGAGAAAAUUGUCGGCUUGGAAACGGAAAUCGAUAACCGGGCUGCUAAAAUACACAGUUAUCAACGUCGCCGUUCUUCAGACACUGUAUUUAGCUUUGACAAAGAGAAGAUUGAAUCCUUAACGCGUUCUAUUAGUAAGGAAAAUAAUACGUCGCAUUUAGUGAAAGAGUCUUCAAACGAGUCUGAUGUAAACGUUCGCGUUUUACCUGCAAUGGACAGUAUUGAAUACGCAAAAAAUAAAGCUAAAGCGGCUGCACUGCAGUCAGGAACUUCGUCGCUACUGCAGUCGGAGUUUGAUAAGAAUAUGCGUGGCAAAGUUCAUACACAUAUUGUUAGGAAAGAAAAUUUAAAAGAGGAGCUAAUGGCUAAAACGCAUUUCGACGAAUAUAAUCCUAAGCUUAUUUUAGAAACGAGUUCCAGUAGCCGAUUGGCGGAUACUGCGGCACCCUAUACUCAUCCUACAGUAGAAAGAACUAAAAGCGAUCCAAACAGCUUAGCAAAUAGGCCUCGAUUUAGUAGUGUAAAUUCUAGGCGACACGUUCUAAUGCAUCAAAAAUCUAUUGACUUGACUCCUGCUGAGUCGAGCGAUGAAGAUUACAUAUUUCGUCAAAUACCUAGUGCUCCUCCUAUCGCAACCAAGAGGUCUCACUUUGAGCUACCAUCUGUGCAUCCUGAUCAUGUGCGGUCUCCGUUUGAUCUACCAAAGAACUAUUUCAAAGAAUUCGAUUCAUUCAAAGCUGGUUUUAAUGAUAAUAAGAAGCUAGUUGAUGAUGGGUACGACAUCCCGUAUGUUCUUCAUAAAAGACACGUUAUGAAUGGGACUGCACCGUCGCCACUUAUUGAUAAAAGGCAACCGCCCGAUAUAAUAACAUUGCCUCCACAAAAUGGACGGCAUGUCGUUAGUGCACAUCCCAGGUGUAAAUAUCACGAUCAUCCAAAGUCACCUCGGUCGCCUAAAUCUCCUAAGUCUCCCAAAUCCCCAAAAUCCCCUAAAUCUCCUAAAUCGCCAAAAUCACCAAAAUCUCCAAAAUCGCCAAAAUCACCAAAGUCACCGAGGACUAGCGUACAGGCUGAUCACAGUUCACAAUUCUUAGAAGUGGAAAAUCGUGAUUUCUUGUUUACUCAAAAUAUAGAUUUGUCUAAGAUAGAUCCGAUUACAUUGGAGGUGGAUAAGAGUGGUCAGUUGCAGCAUGUGCCAAGUCCAAAGCGUGAUAUAAGUAAAAAAUUGGACCCAGUUUUACUCGAAACUUUGAAUUCGAAAUUGAGUCAAAUAGAAAGUGAUUCCGCAACGAGUUCGAAAACAGAUAGUAUGAUACAGGAGCCUCAGUUUCCACAUGAUAUUAAGUUUGUAAUAAAUGGACGCAACGUACUACAGCCACCCAUUUGUAAAGAUCCUAAGCCGUUGACAGCGGCUGAAAAAUUACGAGCAGAUAUUAAAUCUAAGUCCGAAAAAUUACCUCCAAAAAGAAUAGCAAAAGGUCGGGGAACUGGCAAGAAGGGGGUAGGUGGAAAAAUUAAAGCAAAAAAUAAUAAUAAAAUCAGAAUCACUUCGUUUUCUUCUGAUGAUGAAAGUGUUGACUCUGAUGACGUUUUUGGAACCACUGAAACUGCUCCAAAAUUAGAGUUCUCGCCUCCGCAAUCGCGUAAAGAAUUAGAACCAAUUUUGCAACUUGAAUAUGACAAAAUAACCUCAGGGGCUUGGCAUAGAGGUCAAACUAUGAGUUCAACUGAAAUAGAAGGCUCUCCGCCUCAAUGCCGUAAGCUAGCAGAACUUGAGGCGAAAUAUAAUCCACAAAUACUGGAUAGCGUAAGUGGUACCGCUACGGAAUUAAGGCGCAUUUCUGAACGUUCAAUUUCAAUUCCUAGCUCUGAAGACGAUGUGGCUAUGAAAGCACCGGAAGUUAAGCAAUUGAGUAAAGAGAGUUCGACUUGGGAAUACAAUGAAAAUAUACCUUCACCUAUUCUGGAAAGCACUGAAUUUCUUAAAUCUGAUGAAGAACAUUUAGCUGACAUGGAAAUACAAAAAGUUACUGGUAUUCGAACUCAGUCAGAAGAAAAAAGUGAAGUCAUGCAACUUGAUAAGAAAGAUUAUAUUAAUAAGUUGGACGUGAAGAAAAGUUUACGCGAUGAAUUAAUUUCUCCGAUGCUACGCAAAACUGGAGGAACUCCAAUUCUAUUUGCUCACGCUAGAUUGAACCUAUCGGAAGGGUCUGUGUUUUCAUUGCAACGUCAGAAAGCUACGCAAGAUUCACCAACAGCUAGUCGAAGAGCAAAAAGCUUAGACACGCCCGUUAUACAAUUGCACAGGCUACCCCCAAUGAACGCAUUUUCUUCAAAAGACGAUACCGUAGAAGAUGUUAACGAAGAGGGAGUUAUACUCGAAGAAAAACCACUUCUUGAGGAUAAAUCAAAAGCAACUGCUGUGAAAAAAGGAUACGAUUGA